CAUCCGAAGGCUGGUGACCAGAAGCAUUGCCUCCUCUCCAAGCCAUCUCCUCCCCUUAAAACCACGGAGUAUCCCCUGUCUUCCACAUAAGCCUCGCCAUUUUCGUCAGACUUUAGGGUUAGGUCCAUAAACUGAACCCAGCUUACAAAUCGCCACCACGGGGGGUGCAAUCCUUGCUCUCCGAUCCGAAAUCCCCACCAUCUCCUUCCCCCUCUAUGAGCUCCUCCUCCACCAACCGCAACGGUCCGCGCCCUCGCGCCGCCGUCUCUAACCGACAAGAAUGGGUUCCCCGUAGCUCCGUUCCUCUAAAUCCUCCCGAUCGCCCUCAAACCCGUCCUUCACGGCGGUCCUACGCUUCCCCGUCGCCGGCGAACUCGGAUGUCACUUCCGUUCCUCAGCUCGUACACGAAAUACAGGAGAAGCUCUCCCGCGGCACCGUGGAGUGUAUGAUCUGUUAUGAUAUGGUUCGGCGAUCAGCCGCGAUGUGGUCGUGUCCCGCCUGCUUCUCAAUCUUCCACCUCCACUGCAUCCGCAAGUGGGCACGCUCCCCGACUUCCGCGGCAGAUUUUACACCUGCAUCCUCCGGUGAUUGGCGCUGCCCUGGUUGCCAGUCUCCUCAGUCCGUUCCGGCAAGCGAGCUCGUGUACACUUGUUUCUGUGGCCGGCGGCACGAUCCGCCCAAUGACCUUUAUCUCACCCCCCACUCUUGUGGAGAGCCCUGUGGUAAGCCGCUGGAUAGAGCCCCCCUGCCGCCAUCUGAUGGCCGCGUGAAUGAUGUUGGCGAUGGAGAAGAGGGGGAUUUCCGGUGCCCGCAUGUUUGUGUGCUCCAAUGUCACCCUGGCCCUUGCCCACCUUGCAAGGCAUUCGCUCCUCGUGAACGAUGCCCCUGCGGCAAAACAGAGAUCGUCCGUCGCUGUUCGGAACGACGUGCGCCGUUAAGCUGUGGACAGCAAUGCAACCGAUUAUUAACAUGUGGCCGCCACCAUUGCAACCAGCCGUGUCAUACUGGAUCAUGUGGUUCAUGCCAAGAGCUUAUUAUCGCAAGCUGCUUCUGUGGCAAGAAAACUGAAUCAGUUCUAUGCGGAGAUAUGGCCGUGAAAGGGGAGUUUAAUGGGAGAAAUGGCCUCUUUUCUUGUAAUCUGCCAUGUGAUAGAAGCCUCUCAUGCGGGCACCAUUUGUGUAGAGAGAAUUGUCACCCCGGACCUUGCGGUGACUGUGAAUUGCUGCCGACAAAGAUAAAAACCUGCCAUUGUGGCAAGAUGAAUCUUGCUGGGGAGCGAAAGAGCUGCCUGGACCCAAUCCCAACUUGCUCCGAGGUGUGCGGAAAGCCUCUUGUUUGCAAGACCCAUUUCUGUAAGAUUCCUUGCCAUGAAGGAAACUGCCCUCCUUGCUCUGUCCUUGUUGAACAGAGAUGCAGGUGUGGCUCUUCACGCCAGACUGUGGAGUGUUACAAGCUGUUCGAUGAAACUUUCACCUUUAUCUGUGAAAAAACCUGUGGCCGGAAGAAGAAUUGUGGUCGACACCGUUGUAGUGAGCGCUGCUGUCCACUGUCGAAGACUAGCAGUGACCAAUUUUCCAGUGGCGAUUGGGAUCCCCAUUUUUGUUCAGUGCCUUGUGGCAAGCGGCUGCGGUGUGGGAACCAUACGUGCCAGUUGCUAUGUCAUAGCGGUCACUGCCCACCAUGCCUUGAGACCAUCUUUACCGACUUAAGUUGUGCUUGUGGAAAGACUUCAAUUCCACCUCCAAUCCCUUGCGGCACGCCCACACCUUCAUGUCGGCAUCUAUGCUUGGUGCCGCAGCCUUGUGGCCACCCAGCCUCUCACUCCUGCCAUUUUGGUGAUUGCCCUCCCUGCACCAUUCCUAUGGUGAAAGAAUGCAUCGGCGGCCAUGUUAUGUUGAGAAACAUUCCCUGUGGUUCCAAAGACAUUCGAUGUAAUCAGCUCUGUGGAAAGACGAGGCAGUGUGGAAUCCAUGCCUGUGCCAGGACAUGCCAUCCUCCUCCUUGUGAUUCAUCUCACGCAUCAGAG